AUGGGAGUCAUCUCUCGUCACGCUCAGCACCCUCAAAUCUCGCCUCCUCUCUUCUCCUCUGCAGCGGACCGCCGCCUUUGCUGUCCUGCGCCGUCUAAGGCCAGAGAUGGGCUCGGCGGCCGCGCCGUGGCGAGCGGUAGCAGCGGAGCGCGCGACGGUCGGUCCAAAUGGCGCCGUCCCCAGCCAGGAUGCGGCAGGAAUGGCUCGGAGAGGUCGUUCUAUGGGCGCCAGUACUUCCCUCUAGCCGCGGUCGUCGGCCAGGAUGCCAUCAAAACGGCUUUGCUCCUUGGUGCUACCGACCGCGAGGUUGGAGGGAUCGCCAUCUCCGGUAAGCGGGGGACUGCGAAGACGGUGAUGGCACGGGGAUUGCACGCCAUCCUUCCUCCGAUCGAGGUGACUGUUGGCUCCAUAUCAAAUGCGGACCCCUCUUGUCCCGAAGAAUGGGAAGAUGGAUUAGCUGAAAGGGUAGAAUAUGAUGCCUCUGGUAAUCUGAAGACUGAAAUUGUGAAGUCACCUUUUGUCCAGAUUCCACUUGGUGUCACAGAAGAUAGACUAAUAGGAUCCGUUGAUGUUGAGGAGUCUGUAAAAUCUGGAACAACAGUAUUCCAACCAGGGUUACUUGCUGAAGCCCACAGAGGAGUAUUGUAUGUUGAUGAAAUAAACCUUUUAGAUGAGGGUAUUAGCAAUCUGCUUCUAAAUGUCCUGACCGAAGGAGUUAAUAUUGUGGAAAGAGAAGGGAUAAGCUUUCGUCAUCCAUGUAAACCGCUACUUAUUGCUACUUACAAUCCUGAAGAAGGGUCUGUACGAGAACACCUAUUGGAUCGCAUUGCAAUAAACCUAAGCGCAGACCUUCCAAUGAGUUUUGAUGACAGAGUAGCAGCUGUAGGAGUUGCGACACAGUUUCAAGAAUCCAGCAAUGAGGUGUUCGAAAUGGUGGAAGAAGAAACUGAAGUUGCUAAAACUCAGAUCAUUUUGGCAAGAGAGUAUUUAAAGGAUGUGAGCAUGAACAGAGAUCAACUAAAAUAUCUGGUCAUGGAAGCAGUGCGAGGUGGUUGCCAGGGUCAUCGAGCUGAGCUGUAUGCUGCACGGGUGGCUAAAUGUUUGGCUGCGUUGGAGGGACGCGAAAAAGUUUAUGUCGACGACCUCAAGAAAGCUGUAGAGCUGGUCAUUCUUCCUCGUUCGAUUGUCAAUGAUAACCCACAAGAUCAGCAAAAUCAGCCACCACCUCCACCUCCUCCUCCCCCUCCACAAAAUCAGGACUCUGGUGAGGAUCAGAACGAGGAAGAAGAGCAGGAGGACGAGGACCAGGACGAGAAGGAGGACCAGGAAAAUGAGCAGCAAGAGCCCCAAAUACCAGAGGAAUUCAUCUUUGAUGCUGAAGGUGGCCUUGUAGAUGAAAAGCUCCUUUUCUUUGCACAACAAGCGCAGAGGAAGAAAGGGAAAGCUGGAAGAGCUAAGAAUGUAAUAUUUUCAGAGGAUAGGGGGCGGUACAUAAAGCCCAUGCUCCCCAAGGGCCCUGUAAGACGACUUGCUGUUGAUGCAACACUCAGAGCAGCUGCACCUUACCAAAAGCUAAGGAGGGAAAAAGAUACUCAAAAGACUAGAAAAGUUUUUGUAGAAAAAACUGAUAUGAGAGCAAAAAGAAUGGCUCGGAAAGCAGGUGCCCUGGUAAUCUUCGUUGUUGAUGCCAGUGGCAGUAUGGCAUUAAACCGUAUGCAAAAUGCUAAAGGUGCAGCAUUGAAACUAUUGGCAGAAAGCUAUACUAGCAGAGAUCAGGUAUCCAUCAUUCCUUUCCGUGGAGAUUAUGCAGAAGUUCUACUUCCCCCUUCGAGAUCAAUUGCAAUGGCUAGAAACCGUCUUGAGAGACUCCCGUGUGGUGGUGGUUCACCAUUAGCUCAUGGUCUUAGCACUGCUGUUAGAGUUGGGCUUAAUGCUGAAAAAAGUGGAGAUGUUGGUCGUAUUAUGAUUGUUGCAAUUACUGAUGGAAGGGCUAACAUAUCCUUGAAACGAUCUACUGACCCAGAAGCUGCUGCUUCUGCUGAUACUCCCAAACCUUCAUCCCAAGAAUUAAAGGAUGAAAUCUUAGAUGUUGCUGGAAAGAUAUACAAAGCAGGCAUGUCUCUUCUAGUUAUAGAUACUGAAAACAAGUUUGUCUCUACUGGGUUUGCAAAGGAGAUUGCAAGAGUAGCUCAAGGGAAAUAUUAUUACUUGCCAAAUGCUUCUGAUGCUGUCAUCUCUGCUGCCACAAAAGAGGCAUUAUCAGCCUUGAAAAGUUCAUGAUUUUGAAAUUAGUAUAGGAAAGGUAGGUAGUGUUUGUAUUCUUUGUUAAUAACCUUGUUGUUGUAUAUUUUUGGUCAAUCUUCAUCACAAGCCUUUGUACAAGCCCUUUUUCCCCUUAUUGCUUGUUUGAUGAAUAAUUGUCAAGUGUUGCGUCUUUUGUCUAGGGUAAGUUGACCUGAAAAACAACAGGAACAUUAUGAGAAAUACAAAUUGAUCUCCUGGUUUCAUCGGCA